UCUGGUGAAAUUUCAAAAUUUGGAGUUUGUCGCAGAAGUGGGAAAUCAACGGUCGUCGGCACAGUUUCCUAUUCAGCAAUCAGCCCCGUCUCCAUGCUCUCCACUCUUCAAUCACACACUCACUCAAACGCCCCCUUCUCGUUCCUCCUCCGAUCGUUCGCAGAGACAGAAGAGAAUCAGAAAAAUGGUGGCGAAGCAAUCGAAAUACGAGCAAAUCCGGCUCAGCAGAAUGGAAGAGAACAAGAAAAGAAUGGAAGCCCUCAAUCUCCCUCUGCUCUCUCAAUCCCUCCGCACCACCUCUCCCAACCCUUCUCCGAUGAAGCAGUCAGCGCCUCGGCCUCGUGUGGUGAAGAAGGAAGUGGUGGUCGUUAGGAGGUCCAGCCGCGUCGCCAACAAACCUUCUCCUGUUGUUGUGGAUCGAGUGAUGAUACCAAGAAGAGGAAUGUAUGGAUCUUUUGUUUGCAGGGUGUCAAGUGGAAGGUCAAGGGAUUUGUCGAAUAGGGUUUAUGCAAGUGAUGAAGCAAGGGCAGAAGCUUUGGAGAAAGCAGAGAAUUUGCAUGCUAAUUUAGAAACCCAUUACCCUUCUUUUGUCAAGUCCAUGCUUAUAUCCCAUGUUACUGGUGGAUUCUGGCUGGGACUUCCGAAAAGUUUCUGCAAGAUGAACCUUCCAAAACGUGACGAAGUGAUGACCCUAAUAGACGAGGAAGGAAAUGAGCACCCAACAAUCUAUCUUCCAAGGAAGACGGGACUGAGUGGUGGAUGGAAAGGGUUUGCAGUUAAUCACAACUUGGCAGAUGGGGAUGCUUUAAUUUUCCAAUUGAUCAGGCCUACAGCAUUCAAGGUCUACAUCACAAGGGCUAAAGUUAAUAUCUGAAUCUUGGUGGGUUUUCAUUUUACCAGGACAGCUAGAUCAUCAGUUAGGAGCUUCUUGUUAUUAAACAAAGCUUUAUGGAGGCAGCACAUCAGGUUGUAGAAGUCGAAGACUUUUUGGUGUAUAGAUAACGGUAAUGGUGAAGGUGAGGGAUGGUGGUGGUGGGGAUUGUAAGUAAUCAUGCUCCCACCAUCAUAUUUUUGGGGGGAUGAUUUUGCAAUUUACCCUUGAUUAUGACCUGAUCUCUAUUAUUGCGUUGUUAGAUUAACUCGAUUCUCUAAUUAUGAUUUCCAGAAAACAUGUAAUAUCCCCUUCUCUUUCGCCCUUUGCCUCUCUUUUUCUCUUCAAUGUGCGGAUUAUGCUAAGUGAUAGGUUAAUGAAUAGCAAUAGGGUACAAGUUUAUACUUUUCUAGUUAAUUAGUUAUUAAACUGUCAAUUGAACGAUCGUAAGACGC